AUGGAGACCUGGCUGGCUGUACCCAAGUACCAGCUCCUGGGUUUGCUUUGCGCAGUUGCUGCCCUGUCGGGGUCCCGGAGCUCGGCGGCUGCCGCCGGGAGGAGCUGCGCCGACACCCGGCAGGUGUACGCGGAGAAGGGGUACAGCACCGGUACCGCUCCGGUGACUCAAAUCUCUGGCGAGCACUUGAGGCUCUGUCCUCAGGACUACACCUGCUGCUCCAGUCAGAUGGAGGAAACGCUGGCGCUUCAGAGCGAACGGGACUUCCUGAAAUCCGUGGAGAACCAUAGCCAGUUCCUGUUGACCACCUUCACCCAAAGACAGCGACGGUUUGACGAGUUCUUCAGGGAGCUGAUAGACUUGUCUGAGAAGUCCAUGAACCAGAUGUUCACCAAGACCUACGGACGCCUCUUCACACAGAACUCGCACGUCUUCCAGGAGCUGUUUGUGGAGCUGCGCAGGUAUUAUUCAGGGGGGAGCGUGAGUCUGACAGAGGUUUUGUCGGACUUCUGGUCCCGACUCGUAGAGCGGGUCUUCACUCUGGUCAACCCUCAGUAUCAGUUCAGCGAUGACUACCUGGAGUGUGUCAGUAAGCAUGCUGAACAACUGCAGCCGUUUGGAGACGUUCCUCGCAAACUGCGCGUACAGGUAUCCAGGGCUUUUAUUGCUGCUAGAGCGCUCUCACAGGGAUUGGCUGUUGGUCGAGAUAUUGUCAACAAAGCCACAAAGAUGACUCCAGACUCUGACUGCUUGCGUGGCCUAAUGCGUCAGUGGUACUGCCCCCUCUGUCGAGGAAUGCCCUCCCUGCGUCCGUGCCGUGCCUUCUGCCUCAAUGUGAUGAAAGGCUGUUUAGCCAAUCAAGCCGACCUGGACGCCGAGUGGGACUAUUUUAUUGAUGCCCUCUACCAGGUGGCGGAGAAACUGGAGGGUCCGUUCAACAUGGAGCUGGCGGUGGACUCCAUCUCCGUCAAAGUGUCUGAAGCCAUCAUGCACAUGCAAGAAAACAGUGUCAGCAUAUCUACCAAGGUGUUUCAAGGGUGCGGAAACCCCAGACCUGUUCCGGCACGUUCCAAGCGCUCACCCAAAGAGUCGGGGGGCAACAGGAGGCCUUUCCGCACCUACACCCCCGACGAAAAACCGACCACGGCUGCAGGCACCAACCUGGACCGACUAGUUACGGAACUGAAAGAACGCCUGCGGCCCAUGGGGAGCUUCUGGGUGUCCCUCCCACACACCAUCUGCAAUGAUGAAAAGAUGGCCGCCGACGUCACUAACGAGGACCGCUGCUGGAAUGGGCAGACCAGGGGGAGAUAUCUGCCAGAGGUGAUGGGCGACGGGCUGGCAAAUCAGAUCAACAACCCCGAGGUGGAGGUGGAUAUCGGGCGACCCGACGUCAAGACCAGACAGCUGAUCAUGGAGCUAAGGGUGGCUUCCAACAAACUGAGACAUGCACAGAGUGGACAGGACAUGGACUUCAUGGACAGUGAGGAGGGCAGCGGUUCGGGAGGCGACGAUGCUAGCGAACGCUACAACGACGAUUGGCCGGGAUAUGGACCUCACUCUCCUCCUUUCAGCAAGCCCCCACGUAACGCCGCCUCUAACCCUGCCAAGCCUCCCCGGGUUCGCGAGAGAAAUGGGCCCAAGGGCAACCGAAACCACGGCCGAGUCCCAUCUGCAACAAGUCAGCUCACUUCCUCCCUGCUUCCUUUUUUGGUGCUACCUUUUGUGCUCAUGAAGGCCCCCUGGUGGAGAUAG